AUGAAAGCUAGCUUGAUACUCUUCGACGCAAUACUAUUCCACAUAUCACAUAUCACAUUACUUCUACGCCCCGAAAUCGUACAAUCAACCACCGACACCGAACGACCUCAGAUCUUUGCUUGCAUUUUCUACGCCAUUAAACCACGUCUUGAUACUCCUGCGGCCUCCGGAACGUACCCAAUAACUACUUCGACGAAAGCAAUGGGGACCAGUAACGCCGAUUUCGCGCAGCUGCGUGAGAUUUUCUCGCCGUCGCUGACGUUGAUCAACCGCUUGGUCGAUACACUCAUAUAUCAUGUUCGCGCUGUCAAUCUCGUCUGGAAUCUCGUCGCCGCCACGACUAGAUCUCACGCUGAGAGCAUCCUAGCGCAAGCUAUGAAUUCAUCGGAAGCAAAGCACGUCCAAGAGUCCUUUAAGGCCUUUGGUGUACUUUGGAGGCUCACUGAGAAUAAUACGCUUCCUGGCUUCCGGUUCAACGCCCUAAUGAUGAUCGGUAAAGAGAUUCCCGAGUUCACAUAUGAACGCCCGUUCGACUACCGGUACAUCAAUCACCUUUUCAAUAUGUUGGCAUCUGUAAUACAAAUUGGCGGGCAGAGCUUUGUGAAGACUACACCGAUGUCUGGAAUCAAACGAUCACAUCAUUCUGGGCUUGUGACUAGGGUUGAGUCGUAUUCUCGUCGAUGGAAUUAUAACUCCAACGAAUCAAUUGCUUCUUCAGCACUGGUAUGGGGAAGGUUCUUACAACUCGCCAAGGGGAUAACUGGUAGUACCCAGGAUUUCAAGCCACAUACCUUCCCUACUCUCCGAUGUGCGACUGUGCUGGCUGAUACAAUAACACAAAUGACAGGAAUAGAGAACAAACGUCUACGCAAAGAACUACAGGACAUCUCUGGGAAAUUGCUCGAUUCAUCCGUCGGCCAUGUUGGACGGGCUUACGGUUUUAGUUCAUGGGUUCGUCGUUCCGUCAAUGAAGCCAUAUCAACUAACAGAACAGACUCACGUGCUCCUGUCUCUCGAGAUACGAAUAUAGAUCAGAAACUCAACACAAGCACAACCUCUAACACACCCAGACCCGGUGCGACGAACGAGGUCGCCAUCAAAAUCAAUGAGUCCAUUGCCACAGUCGCGUUACUGCUCAUCCGGUGCAUACUAAUCGACAACGACAAGGCUUCAUGA